CUCCAUCACCCUCGAUCCAUAUCCCCAUUAAUUUCCGUCUAAUAACCAUUCACACCAUCCAUCAAAAUGGCUCCUAAGCGCGUCGCCGUCUCCAACUCUGCCCGUCCUCAGAAGGGCUUCCUGAGCACCGUCUACGACGAGGCCACCAACCCGGAGAACGCCACCAUUGUCCGCAGCCUUCUGGUCUUCGGUGCCGGUGUCGCUUUCCUCCACAGCAGCCUCGGCGAGCUCCUCCUCCCUCCUAUGUAAAAUCAUUUUACACCUGAAACUUCUUUCGCUCGAGUCAAACUCUCUCCCCGGGACUCGUGAAGCUAUAUCGUCCACCGAGAGGACAGCCGACAUAGACGCUUGAUGGUUCACGUGGGAAUUUAUCUGUACAAUAGUUCAUUGGAAAGGGCGCAUGGCAUGAAUCGGCAUGUCCGGCCUACGUGAUUUGUUUUGAAUACCAAUAUUAUCAUCCGCCUUAUAGAACCUGAUACAGGUCUUCAUCAAACUGGGCGUCUACUCAGCUGC